GAAUUGACACAGCUCAGCUGUUGAGUGUAUAAAUAAUUAACCUCCAAUAAAAAUAUAAUUUUUUAAAAAUAUAAGCUUGUUUUUUCAGUAUUAGUUUUAUUUAAUAAUUUAUUUAAACACUUAAUAUCAUAUCAGAGGUACCAAAACUUGUAAAACAGUGAUUCUGUUCAGCUUGAUUAGUAUCAUUUAUAUAAGUUUUACAACCGUGUAUUAUCUUGGUUAAAAACAACAAUAGGAAUACGUGUCAUUUAUGACUGAAAACACUUCAAAGUCUGUUUGUUAUUGAAUGUUUCUUACUGAUAAUAGACAUUGUUCUAUCCAUUAAAAGUAUCGUAUGAUUCAUCAAAUUUGACAUUCAUCCCUUUGGCAGUGAUAAGGCUACUGACUGAGACACUCGUUCAUUGAACUGUCAUUGUUGAAUUAACUUUUACCGGAGCAAUUAUGACUAGUUUUUCUCAAUUAGAUCCAAAUUCCUAUUCAAAUCCAGAUGAAGCCUUCAUAAAAAAAUUGCAUUUCUCAUUGAAUGUUGACUUCGAUAAACACAUUUUAUCAGGAUUUGUGGAUCUUGACAUCCAGAAGAAAGAUGAGGCUGUUAAACAAAUAAUUUUAGACACCAGUCUAAUAAAAAUACAAAAUGUGACCAAUCUACACGAUAAUAGUACAUUGUCAUUUGUACUGGAUUCAGAAGAUGAGAAAUUCGGUAGCAAAUUGACUAUAGAUCUUCCAACCAAUAGUGGAUUGGAAGUAAAAAUUCGUAUCAACUACGAUACUGAUCCGAGAGCAAGUGCUCUUCAAUGGCUGGAACCCGAUCAGACAGCUGGAGGCAAGCACCCCUACAUGUUCAGCCAAUGCCAGCCUAUUCAUUGUCGAUCGAUUAUCCCUUGUCAAGACACUCCUGGAGUGAAAAUGCCGUAUUCGGCCGAGAUAACAGCUGCAAGUGAUCUAACAGUUGUGAUGAGCGCAUUGAAGCAGGGCACUCCGACCGAGUCAGCCAACGGAUUGCGCAAACAUACGUUCAGACAGGAUGUGCCGAUGCCCUCCUAUCUGAUAGCAAUUGCAGUGGGCAAUCUGACCAGCAAGCCCCUUGGCCCCAGGUCCAAUGUGUGGGCUGAGCCCGAGUUUGUCGAAGCAGCUGCCUAUGAAUUCAGUGAGACUGAGAAAAUGAUCGCCACAGCAGAAGAGAUUUGUGGCGAUUAUGUUUGGGGAUUGUACGACAUACUGCUCAUGCCACCCUCUUUCCCCUUCGGAGGAAUGGAGAACCCAUGCUUGACUUUUGUCACGCCAACACUCUUGGCCGGAGACAGAUCGCUGGCCUGUGUAGUAGCUCAUGAAAUUUCUCACAGCUGGACUGGAAACCUGGUUACGAACAGAAAUUUCGAGCAUUUCUGGCUAAAUGAAGGCUUCACUAUGUUUUUGGAGCGGAAGAUACUUGGAAGAAUGCAAGGUGAACCUGUACGUCAAUUUGCUGCAUUGAAUGGAUUAAACGACCUACGAGAGUGUUUGAAAGUUUUGAAGGAGGACAAUCCUCUGACCAAACUGGUGGUUUAUUUGAAAGGAAUUCAUCCGGAUGAAGCAUUCUCGGUUUGUCCGUACGAGAAGGGAUGCACGUUUCUAUUCUAUUUGGAACAGUUGGUUGGUGGUUCAGAAAUAUUCGAACCAUUUUUGAAGAAGUAUUUGAAUCACUUCAAAUACAAAUCAAUUGACACGGAUGACUUCAAGAAAUUCUUUUUGGAAUAUUUCUCUGACAAUGAAGCUGUCAAGUCGAUUGAGUGGGCAAAAUGGUUGGACACUUGUGGAAUGCCCUACAAAAUUCCAAGCUACGACAAGUCUUUAGCCGAAGCUUGCACUAAAUUCGCGUCCGACUGGACGAACUGGGAUUGCAAUGGUGAGCUGACAUUCGCCACCAAUGUCUAUUUCGACUUCACCCCUCUCCAGCAGGAAGAAUUCCUGUCACAAUUGCUCCACUCUGAUUCGUUCCCCAUCAGGAAAGUGCAAGCAAUGCAGCGACUCUACAAUAUGAAUUCUAUCAAGAAUUGCGAGAUCAAAUUCAGAUGGCUGAGACUGUGCUUGAAAGCAAGAUGGACAGACGCUGUUCCGCUGGUGAGAGAAUUUGUAACAAUAUAUGGAAGAAUGAAAUACGUCCGACCUUUGUACAGGGAUCUGUAUGGCUGGGAUGAUAUGAGGCAAGAAGCAAUCGACACUUUCGAAAAGAACAAACAUAAGAUGAUGCACGUUACUGCAGCCAUGAUUGCCAAGGAUCUUAAGCUUCCGCUUGAGUCAUGAAAGCAUCAUGGAGACUGAAUAUUUUUACGAAUGGAAACUUGAAUAACUUGAAUGAUUUCAAAAGUGCUUUUAGCGCGUAGUUGGUGAAUGAAUGCUGAGAUCAUAAAUGUGGUGGUUUUGUGUUCGAUUACCACUGCAUGUGCUAUCAUUACAAAAAAAUGCAUACAUGCAUACGUGCAUUACCCACGCACAAGUUUGAUAUUUGUUGAAAAUAAUAAAUGAAGCAAAUAGCCUGAGUUAAUUAAUGUCGAAAGAGUUGUUUGACAAUAAACUAUAAAUUCUAUAUCUACUUAAGUACCUACAUUUUCUGAGAUGUUUGAGAAAUAUAUUCUAUGUGAAGGGAAUCAAAUCCUAUAGCUGAAAAUCUGGAAAUCUGUGACAUUUCUAAAAACAAAACAUAGCUAAAUCUAUUUUUAGUCCUAAACAAUAUUAAUGGAAACUUUGGUAUCAUUUAUUGUUAUGCAAUUUUCCUUUUGAAUUAACGAAUAAAUAAGUUUUUGCAAGAUAAUAUCUUGUAAAAUAUUA